CUGCCAUUAAAGAGAUCUAUUGGGGUAACUGUAACAUAUAUACACAUAUACACAUAUACAUUAUAUCACAGUUACUAUGAGUCAAACUCCUGUUCCAGCUGAAUACGAUGAUACCAGAAUUUUAGGUUAUGAUCCAUUAAUUCCUCCUGCAUUAUUGCAACAUGACAUCAAGGCUUCUGCAAAAUCAUUAGAAGUUGUUAUUAAAGGUCGUUAUGAAUCUUCUCAAAUUAUAAAUGGUAAAGAUGAUCGUUGUUUAGUUAUUGUUGGUCCAUGUUCUAUUCAUGAUCCAUCUUUAGCUCUUGAUUAUGCUAAACGUUUAAGAGUUUUAGCUGAUGAAUUAGAAGAUGAUUUAGUAAUUAUUAUGAGAGCUUACUUAGAAAAGCCAAGAACUACUGUAGGUUGGAAAGGUUUAAUUAAUGAUCCAGAUGUUGAUAAUUCAUUUGAUAUUAAUAGAGGGUUAAGAAUUUCUCGUCAAUUAUAUUCUGAUUUAACAUCUAUUACUGGAUUACCAAUCGGUUCAGAAAUGUUAGAUACUAUUUCUCCUCAAUAUUUCUCUGACUUUUUAAGUUUCGGAGCUAUUGGAGCUAGAACUACUGAAUCUCAAUUACAUAGAGAAUUAGCUUCUGGUUUAUCUUUCCCUAUUGGUUUUAAAAAUGGUACUGAUGGUGGUUUAGGGGUUGCCUUAGAUGCCGUCCAAGCUUCAUCUAAAGGUCACCAUUUCAUGGGUGUUACUAAGAAUGGUAUGGCUGCUAUUACUACUACUAAGGGUAAUGAUCAUGGUUUCAUUAUCUUAAGAGGAGGUAAGAAAUUAACCAAUUAUGAUGCAGAAUCCGUUGCUGCUGCUAAGGAAGCCAUUUCAAAAUCAACCAAUCCAAAUAUAAAAUUAAUGAUUGAUUGUUCUCAUGAUAAUUCUAGAAAAGAUUACAGAAACCAACCUAUAGUUCUUGACUCCGUCGUUGAACAAAUAGAAAAAGGUGAGAAUACUAUUAUCGGUGUAAUGAUUGAAUCCAACAUUAACGAAGGUAAACAAGGUAUGCCACCAGCUGGUUCAGGUAAAGAAGCUUUGAAAUAUGGUGUUUCUAUCACUGAUGGAUGUGUUUCUUGGGAAAGUACUGUUGAAAUGUUAACCAAAUUAAGUAAAGCUGUUAAAGCCAGAAGAGUAUUAAACAAAAAGGAUUAGAUUCUACAAAAGUAUGUAAAACAAACUAAAUUAUUAAUUUCUUGUAAUUAUAACACAAAAUAUAAGUUAAUUUAUUAUAUA